GUCUAAUUGCUGAUGUAAUGUUAUUUCCAGGCUCUAAGCGCUAGGUGCAGAGAAGGAGGCGGAUUCCCUUCCCUCGCGCAAACUCAAAGAACACCACGAUCGCUCGCCAGUGGUCCUCUGCGAAAGACAACCACUGUAUGAAACAAAUUCGUGAUGCGCACAGCCUGAGCGCCAGCUCCAUUGUGUCUCUAGCGUCACAUAGCUCCAAGACUAGAGUGUGGUCAAUCACUGCCCGGAACUGCAUUGAGAAAUUUUAACCUGAUUUCUUUUUUACUUCAAGAAAGCCUCACUGUAGAGGUUUGCAGAUUAAAGUAGCUACAUUUGAACUGCGUCUUUACCUAAACAAGCGGUCACAGGACAGAUCACCUCUCUGUAAUCUUUGCUUUCUUGCCAAGGAACAAUGGGGAAACAAAACAGCAAGCUGACCCCCGAAGUCAUGGAGGACCUCGUGAAGAACACAGAAUUUAACGAGCACGAGCUCAAACAGUGGUACAAAGGGUUCCUGAAGGACUGCCCCAGUGGCCGGCUCAACCUCGACGAGUUCCAGCAGCUCUACGUCAAGUUUUUCCCAUAUGGUGAUGCAUCAAAGUUCGCCCAGCACGCGUUCAGAACCUUUGACAAAAACGGUGAUGGCACCAUCGACUUCAGGGAGUUCAUCUGUGCUCUGUCCAUCACAUCCCGAGGCAGCUUCGAGCAGAAGCUCAACUGGGCCUUCAACAUGUACGACCUGGACGGGGAUGGCAAGAUCACGCGGGUGGAAAUGCUGGAGAUCAUAGAGGCGAUUUACAAGAUGGUGGGGACUGUGAUUAUGAUGAAGAUGAACGAGGACGGGUUGACGCCAGAGCAGAGGGUGGACAAGAUCUUCAGCAAGAUGGAUAAGAACAACGACGACCAGAUCUCGCUGGAGGAGUUCAAGGAGGCGGCAAAGAGUGACCCGUCCAUCGUACUGCUCCUACAAUGUGACCUACAGAAAUGAGUGGGCGUGAACACGCCGGGGACUGCACAGAAGAUUAAUGUUCCAUUCAGUUUGCAGCUAUUUCCACUGAAGAUAAAAAAAAAAUGCUUGGACUACCUUUCAAUGGAUCCGCUUCUUGUAUUUGAAACACUUGUGUGCAU